AUGGCAGCAGAAUUAUCAAAGAUAAACAAUUUAAUAAAAUUAGAAGAUGAUUUGAUUAAGUUAGAUUCAUUAAGAUCACAAUUCUUAAAAGAAAAAUCAUCAAUUGAUAUUAAAUUAUCAUCAACAACUCAAUUACAAAUUGAUUCUAUAAUGAAUAAUCUUGAUCAAUUAAAUCAAACAAUGAAAAAAUUAAAUAAUAUAAAAUCAAAUGUAAAUAAAAUUACAAAUAUUCAUCAAGAAUCAACUAAUAUUAAAGAUUAUGACUUAAUACGUAAAAUGUCAUUAAUAAAUCAGUAUCUAAGUCAAGUUGAAAAUAUAUAUUUUGAUAUUUCAAAAUUUCAUCAGAAUUUAAAUAAUUUAAAUUCUGCAAUUGAAGAUGAAAUGAGUCAAUUCCAAAAUGAUUCAAAUUAUCCAUUACCUAAAUUUUUAGAAAUUCAUAAUUUAUAUGAUCAAGCUAGAAAUUUUCACGAUUAUCUUGAAAGAUUUAUCAUGAAUUCUUCAGAUGAUUAUAAAUCAUUAGUGCAGAAAAUUACAUCACCUAUAAAGAAGACUAUAAGUUUAUUUGACGAGUUUAUAAAUGAGUGUACUAUUUCAUUAACUGAAUAUACUAAAGAAGGGAAUUUUGAAUUUUUAUUUAAAUUUGUUGCUGUGAUAAGUUAUGAAGAAAAAGAAGAUUUAAAAGCUGAAUUAAUUGGAAAUCUAUUUCAAAGAGAUCAAUUAAAUGGUUAUCAAAGAAUUAAAAAAAGAAAUUAUAAGAAAUUCUUUUUCGAUAAAUUAAGAUUAAAUCUACAAGAAACUUUUCAAACUUGUGUUAAUCAUUUUUCAGAUGAUACAAUUUUAGUUUUUGAUAAUUUAUAUUGGUUAGAAGAAGAUUUAAAAUUUAUCAAAAGUCUAGAAGAUUUAUUCCCUUGGGAUAUUGAAAAAUUCUUUAGCAAGAUUUAUUAUGAUUGUUUACAUGACUUUACUUUAGAUUUAAUUAAAAAAGAACCACCAGCUGAAGAUUUAUUAAAAAUAUUAGCUUAUGAUAAAAUAAAUCCAUUUGAUAAAUCAAUAAUUGGUGAAUUAAAAGAAUCUGUAUUGGAAGAUUAUUUAACUACAAUUACAAACAAAAUGAAUGAAUGGAAUUUAAAUCUUAUAAAACAAGAAACUGAAUCAUUUACUCAAAGACCAAAAGCACCUGACGUAUAUCCAUAUGAACAAAAAUAUUGGGAUGAAGAUGUUCAAGGAAAUGAAUUGGAAAUGUUUAGUACUUUUCAAGCUUAUGUUUUACCAGAUUUUAAAACUCCAUUAGCUAUGUUGAAAGAACAAGCUGAUGUAGCUGCAAGUUCAGGAUAUUCUAAAAUUUUAGUUGAAGUUAUUGAAAAAUGGAAUGUUUGUUUUUUGAAAAGAAUAGAUAAUUUUCGUGACUUAAUUGAUGAUGAAAUGGAUAGAUAUAUUUCAGUUUUUAAUAAUGAAAAAUUUUUGAUUAAACAAUCAAAAGCUAAAAAAUUAUUUAGAAAAAAACCAGUGGCUGUGGAUGUUGAUAGUUUAACACCAGAAGAACAAAGAAAUAUUUCCAAAGAAGGUUUAGUUGAAUAUUUAUGUGCAUUGGCAAAUUCAUUAGAUAUUACAAGUGAAACUUUAAGUGACAAAUUUAUGCCAAUAUAUCUUGAAAAAACUCAUGCAAAUUUCCAUUCAAAAAUACAAACAGCUUUUGAAUCUACAGUUUAUGUUUCCAAUGAAUUAAUUAGUCAUAUUAUUAAAACAAUAUGUCUGAUUGUAAUUAAUGAUUUAUAUCCUGAAUUAUGUAAAGUAUUUACAAAAGCAUGGUAUGAUCCACCUGAAGUUUCAAUGACUGAAUUAAUAGUGGAGACUAUUGCUGAAUAUAUGCAAGAAAUUAGAAGUUAUUCAACUUAUAAUGUAUAUGCAUUAUGUUUUACUAUAUUGUUGGAUAAUUUUAUAAAUACUUAUAUUAGAAUUGGUUAUGAAAAUGUAUUACAUGGUGAUGGUAAAAAAAUUGAUCCAGAUGCAACUAAAAAGUAUAAAUCCUUUUCAGAAGGUAUUGGAAGAGAUAUUAGUUUGUUUUUCCACGGUUUAGAAAACUUAUUUACUAGAAAGGAUAAGAAAUAUUUAUUUUAUAGUUUGAAAGCAAUUGAAUUAUUAGAUAAUUUAGGUACUUGUCAAGAUCCAUUAAAUAUUGCACCUCAAAUAUGGCAACAUGAAGUACUACCUGAAUUUUAUUAUUCAUCAAUUGAUUAUGUCAUUGGUGUACUUUCAUGUAGGAAAGAUAUUGAUAAACUGGAUAUUAAACAAUUGAGACCAAAAUUACAAGCUAUACAAGAUGAAUAUUAUAAAGAAGUUGAAUCUCCAGAAACACCAAUUUUAACAUUGAGUGAUUUUACGUAUAAUGCAUAA